AUGGGCGGUGGUCGUGGCGGCGGUGUGGCCGCAGAGGCGCGCGCGCAGGCGUCGUCGACGGUGCUGCUGCUGGUGCUGUGCCUGCUGUGGUACCUGUCGUCUGCGCUGUCUUCCAAUACCAGCAAAGGGAUGCUUUCACGGCGAAAGACGCCGGACGGGCCGCUGCCCGCCGUGUUUCCCUACCCCGUCACUUUGACGUUGAUCCAGUUUGUGUUUGUCAAUCUGUACUGUUAUCUCGGCACGCGGCGCGAUCUUCUCGGUGACUAUACACUGGCGAAGCGCCUCGUGCGCAUGACCGGAUCCCAGCUCAAAGAGGUCGGGCAGAUUAGCGUGUUUAACGUGGUGGGCCACGCGCUGAGUUCGCUCGCGAUUAGCCGCGUGCCGGUGAGCAUGGUGCAUACGAUCAAGGCGCUCUCGCCGCUGUUUACGGUGGUGUCGUACGCCUACCUCUUCAACGUAUCCUACUCGAUGCGGACGUACGUCUCGCUGCUGCCGCUCAUGCUGGGCGUGAUCCUCGCGUGCAGCACGCUGUCUACCAGCACGGACGACGUGGUGGGCUUUGCCGCGGCGCUCGGCAGCACAUUCAUCUUUGUCGCGCAAAAUAUCUACUCGAAAAAGCUGCUCAAGCCCGCGACAAGCGUCUCGACAGCCGCGCCGGAAAAGAUGGACAAAAUCAACAUCCUUUUCUACUCGAGCGCGUGCUCGGUCGUGCUCAUGCUGCCGAUGUGCUUUUACUAUGAUCUCCCCCGCAUGACCGCGCCGACCGCGCCGCCGAUCGGCGGCCGCGCGCUCUACCUGCUUUUUGCCAAUGGCGGGACGCACUUUGCGCAGAAUCUGCUCGCGUUCCAGGUCCUGGCGCACGUCUCGCCGGUGACGUACAGCAUCGCGAACCUGUUCAAGCGCGUAUUUGUCAUCCUCCUCGCCAUCGUCUGGUUCGGACAGCAGGUCACGACCGUGCAGUGGAUCGGCAUUACCCUCACCUUCUUGGGCCUGUACCUCUACAACCAGUGCAAGAACGACGGGCAGGCGGUACGCAGCGCUCAAGAGUCCGAGUCGCUCCCGAUGCACCAGCGCAGCGCGCCGCCACCCCUCGAAGAGGUACGCACGCCCAAGGGACCGCGCGCACGCCCGCGGCCCGCGAACCUCGCCCACGCGGUCGCCACGCCGCUCUUCUCCCUCCCGCCGCAGUAG